AUGCGCUAUCUCUCAGCAGCUCUCCUUGCUCUCUCCCUCACCGCCGUCUCAGCACAGGACGUCAACUCCUCCCAGAACGGUGUUCUCGCGACGGGCACUAUGGGCAGCACGAACCCGCCCUCGCCCACCAUGAAAGCUGGCGAUGCGGGCUCAAACGCGCGACUGCUCUCCGUCAACUCGAUUGAUGACUUCUGCAUAUUCGGGCCCAAAGAAGCCAACAAGACGAUCGGUGACACAGAAGGGGAGCAAGUAGCGUGGUGCACGCAACCGCGCAACGACGCACGUCUGAUUCCCGACGGCACGUUCACUGGCGUGCACUUCAUCACGACCCCCUUCUACGUACAGGUAGUCGGCUGGGGCGACCUCACCAAGAUCGGUCUGCAGGAUGCGGACUACGGCGGUGAGCUCGAUCCUCACGGCGCCACUGGCGAGGGCAACCCCAUCGGCGGCAACGUUACGUCGAAUGUCUCGGGCACAGAUGAGAACUAUGCCGAGUGGAUGGAGUUCAUCUCUUACGAACAGUUCUGCUUGCGUGUCUGCACGGCUGGCAACGAUACAUGGGAUGCGGCCACCAUGUGCGAACAUAAACUGGACGAAAUGGGUUGCGGGUUUAUCAUGCCCGGCGACUACGAACAGAAGGAUGUCUUCCAAUCUUGUGACGCUGACGCUGCUUACCCUCCUGGUAUGUUCAGCGUAGCGGGCGACGGCGAUAACAGCUUCUCUAGUUUCGCCCAGAGAUACACCGGCACUCUUACACAGGAGGGCCAGCAGACUGUUUACACUAUCGGAGAUACGGCUACGCCUAGCUCGGCCCAGAUGACUCCUUCCUCGUCUAACUGCCGCACGCAAAGCAGCUUGAAUGCCGCUCAACAGCCAACUCCUACUUCAAGCAACGAGGGCGAUGAAGGAAGCAAGGGCCAGAGUCAGGACGACGACUCGGCUGCUGCCACUCUCCAACUCGUAUCGGCUUGGUCUAUCGCUGUGAUUGCAGUUAUUGCUGUCUUGCUCUGA